AUGCGCUACAAUCAGUUAUCGGCCGAAGAGAAACAUUCCAUGAUUAAAGUCCAUGAAUGGCUCAAAGCUGAAAAACAAUAUUCUGAUGCAAAGAGCAAUCCAGAACAAGAGAAAACAACUUCACAAAGUCAUGAAGAGCAAGACGAUGAAGAAAAUCUCGCAAGUCAUCGACCGAACAUCAAAGACACAGUUUCUGAACAAACAAAACCGAAGCGACAUAUCAAAAAGUCCGAUUCAAGACGUAGGAACCCCAUGCUUCACCUCGAUGAGACAGAGCAACAGUCUAUCGCAGCCCCAAGCUUCGAGUCUCUUACAAUGAGUCCUCAAGAGCACGUGGACUCCGAGUCAUCAUUGUCUUCACUGCUGAAUUUUCCGUUCAGCUGGGGUAGCAACUCCUUCAGAAAUAGCGAAGACAAGCAUAACAUGUAUUCUGCGGAUCAUCGCGCGUCUAGCAUGGACUUGCAAGGCAUACUGGACUCAGCGUUUGUGGAGCUGCUGGGUUCGAAGACAGACAAGCUGCAGAAAGAAGACAAAUCUGCGACCGCCGAAGAGUUCCACGAUAAUAAGAAUGAGAAGCCAGCGAUGACGCAUGAUUGGGAAGACAAGGCAAUUAUUGCUUCAUGGCGAGCUCGUUGUUUAUCAUCGCAUGAUACCAAGGAAGACUUAACGACAGGCCACAAUGUCUACGUCUUUUAA